AUGAAUCAAAAAGCGACGAUGACUUCGAUAACGCCACCAGCUGCACAGGCUGGAGCUAAUAAUGGAAAAAUCUUGCACCGAAUCGAAGACAUCGCCUACUCCGACGCCGACACGUUUCCCGAAUUCUCGAAUCGCGACGGUUCGAAAGAGACGACGACAAAUGACAAACACUGGCAACUGAUAAUGAUUCGUGUACCCGAAAAUCCCAAUGACACUCACAUUAAAACUAUAAACGACGCAAUUACCAACGAGAUGCGUGCCACAUGGAAGACUCCGCCCACUUCUUUCGUCUACGUCGCUGCUCCACACAUUUCGAUUCUGAAUUUGGCUCACGGUGUGGCGAAGAAACAUUUCGGAGAGAAAACCGCGCUGAGAUCCAGCUUCUUCUUCUCCGAACCGAAGAAUGAUAAGUUCAUGAUCGCCAGGGAUUCGGAGCUGAGAAAUUUGAAGUAUGAGGUUAUCCUGGGCGCCGCGAGGUUCUCGUGGAAUAAACUGGAGACUCGUGGUGACAUGGAAAAGAGGAUUGAGUCGACGUUGUUUGAACUAAUGCGUGUCCUGCCUAACCUCGUUCUAUUCCUUGGCCCCAUCGUGUUUGAUACCCUCUACGAAAUCCUGGAGAAGCAGAAACGGAAAUCAAUCAAUACUGUGAAACCGGGAGUGAUCGUCGAGAAUUUUAAACGGGAGAACAACAAAUGGAAACGUGUUCAGAAGCACGGCGCCACGUCGAUCUCGGUUCCGUUGUGCUGA